CAUGGUUCCCUGCAGCCUAUGAUAGCGACCGUUGGAAUUUAAUCUCUCCCAGCUUCUUCCGUCCCCGAUCUUGAUCUCUGCCCUCGUCCAAUCCAUCCGAAUCCCGCUCCUCGUCCGUUGUCGGUGUCAGCGCCGCUGUCACUUUUGUGGAAAUGAAGCACAUGCGCCGUCUCGUCCCUCCGACACGGACUCUUCGCCAGAUCCUCCUCACUCCUCUACCUGCCUUUCGACCUCAGUUCUUCCAACUCAGUCUCCGAAUCAAUGAAGUCCCCUCUCGUUCCUACAGCCCAACUAGUCCUCUCCUCAAAUUUCGUACAAGAGCUACUCCUCGCGCCCUGCCGCAAUACGUCCUCGACGAAGAGAUCGGAGCACAAUAUGUCCAGAUCGUGAAUGAAAACAACAGCCUUGACCCUCCUGUGAGCCUUCGGGAUGCUCUGCGACAAAUCGACCGUUCCAGUCAAACCUUGCAGCAGGUGUCAACGGGUAGUGGGGAUGGGGUACCAAUUUGCAAGGUUGUAAACAAGUUCGAGCUGCGGGAAAUAGCAAAGGCAAAGGCGAAACCUGCCAAGGAUGGUCUUAAGCAGCUAGAACUGAAUUGGGCCAUUGACGCCCAUGAUCUCUCACAUCGCUUAAAGCAACUCACGAAUUUCCUCGAGAAGGGUCGGAAGGUGGAGCUGAUCUUGACGAGAAAAAAGCACAAGCGAUCGCCUACUGUGGAGGAAGUGAAGAACCUCAUGGACAAGGUGAUGGAGACGGUGCGGGAGGCCAAGGCGAUGCCGGUUAGACCCAUGGAAGGGGAGCCGGGCAAACAUGUGGUGUUGGUGGUGAAGAAGGAUGUUUGAGAGGUCAUAUAAGCAUGAUGGGUUGAUGGAUUUAAGUAUGUAUACUAUUGACAGCCUUGAGUGGUAUUGGUUCUGUACAUAUAACGGACCACUGUUUAUCGUCGGUGCUUGGAAAUGUUCUAGCAAGCUUUCCAACCACUGUUGUAUGGGAUAUAUACUUUUACCCGACUGAAGGAUGGUGUGCAUCCUUAUUAGCAUGUCGGGCGUGGUCUGAUACAGUAUUGCAGCUCCCGUUCCGACAGUAUAAGUUGGGAGCUGUCAGGUCGGGGUAUGGGGCACAUGAUGCUAAGCUAUACGGAAACUCGGGGACACGAACAGUGCAUAAGCUGGAUCCAAUCAAAGAUGGGGAAAGAAAAAGAACUAUAGAAAAGAAGAAGCAGAACAAAAUCAAAACUAGUC